UGCGAUUUGAAGCGGUCUGAUAGCGUGAAUCUUCGUCUUGCUGUCCAUGCAGAGGAGGUUAUGGAGAGGACUGCCAUUGAGAUCACCGGGGGGACCACAGAGUGGACUAGCAGGCUGAGCCUGAAGAAGGCCAUGGAGAGGUUCGGCGAGGUCAUAGGUUGUCAUAUUGGAAACCGCGGGGUGGACAAGCCGGUAGUGCGGUACGUGAGCGGGGAGGUGGCGCAGACGGCCCACCAGGCCUUGAGGAAGGGGGAGAUCGUGCUGGACGGAAUGAUUUUGGAAGGGGACUGGAAGCCGGAUCGCGGAAGGCCGCCGCCAGAGAUGCGCAAAGAGCCCCGGGAGGCGGAGAUGACAAGCCGGGACUUCCUCACAGGCAUGAGGGCACGCCGCGACCGCCGAAGCACCCUGGCAUCGGUCGAAACCUUCCGUCGAAGCCGGCGGCGCCGCAGAGAUUGACGCGGCGCUUCGCAGCGCCGGCGCUUCGCAGGCGGCGGUGAAGGCCCCGGUGAGGCGUCCCCCGAGCCUUUGGCGAGAGCCAUCGGGUCCAAGGCACAGCAUGCUGCUGCUGCUGCACAUGGCAAGCUGUCCGCAAUCUUGAGUUUUGCGGGGACGUUUCGCAGCAUGCGGUGCUCGGUG